UCUGCAUCCGGCGGCCAUCAAGAACGUCCUCUAGAGGGAGCUGAUCACUGCCGGGAGCUGCUAGCUCCUCUAUGGUCACAAAGUCGCGAGGUUUCCUGGGCCAAGAGGCGACCCGAGGCGGCAUCCAGCAACCAUGAAUUCACUGAUACCAGUUCCUGCCAGUCAGGCCUGAAACCCUGGCCCUGGAAGCAGCCAGCAGGCCUUCGGGAUCUUUGUCUUCAGAAACCUGAGCCAUCCCCACAUCUGGAGCGGAGUCAUUCAGGUGACGAGUGAAGGUGCUCUCCACCAAGACCUGAAAAAUGGCAUCUGGACAAGGACCGGGUCCUCCAAACGAGGGCUGCGAUGAGUCUCCAUCCCCUUCUGAACAGCAGGUUGCCCAGGACACAGAGGAGGUCUUUCGAAGCUAUGUUUUUCACCUCCACCAGCAGGAACAAGAGACCCAGGGGGCGGCUGCCCCUGCGAACCCCGAGAUGGACAACCUGCCCCUAGAUCCCAACAGUGUCUUGGGUCAGGUGGGUCGGCAGCUUGCUCUCAUCGGAGACGAUAUUAACCGGCGUUACGACACGGAGUUCCAGAAUUUACUGGAACAGCUUCAGCCCACAGCCGGGAAUGCCUACGAACUCUUCACCAAGAUCGCCUCCAGCCUAUUUAAGAGUGGCAUCAGCUGGGGCCGUGUGGUGGCUCUCCUGGGCUUUGGCUACCGUCUGGCCCUGUACGUCUACCAGCGUGGUCUGACCGGCUUCCUGGGCCAGGUGACCUGCUUUCUGAUCGAUAUCAUACUGCACCAUUACAUUGCCAGAUGGAUCGCACAGAGAGGCGGUUGGGUGGCAGCCCUGAAUUUGCAUAGAAACCCCAUCCUGACCGUAAUGGUGAUUUUUGGUGUGGUUCUGUUGGGCCAGUUCGUGGUACACAGAUUCUUCAAAUCAUGACUCCCGGGGAGCCCCUUUGGGGCCCCAGCCACAUGCCUGCCUGGACUAAACCUCCCCGUACCCUGUCCCCCGCCCCUCCCAACAGUCUUCUCCUUCCUCUGAGGGCAAAGAUGCUUUAGCAAACAGGUACCCCCUGCUUUGGAGAGCCACUGCCCAGGGGGGCAUCGAGGCAGCAUGAACACCCCAACAUUGCAUGGUGCUACUGAACCCCAUACUGUCUCAGAGGGGCUGACUGAUGCCCUGGGGGGCCAAGAGGUUGGGCCCGCUACUUCCCAGAAAGUCACUUUGUUUUUUAUACUACCCUUUAGGUACAAUCCUCCCUUUUCCUCCCGCUGUGCCCGAAGUCAGAACACUGAGGGCGUAGGGACCAGUGGUUCUAACCUGUGUUUCCCAGCAGUCCCGUUACUUUGGAAGGUCGGAGCUUGAGAAGGGACCCGAUCACAGUCCUGGCCCUCCCUACAUUGGUUCCCAAGAAUAGGACCAGCUGUAGGAGCACAUGACCCACUCCGUCCAUCCACACCCCCCACCACACACACACACACACACCUCAUCUUCUACUUCCCAGCCUCUAGCCCACUCUCCUCCCCCUCCUGUCCCCUACCCAGAUCCAUCUUGCCUUGGCGGCUGGACUCUCAGGGAUUCCGAGUCCAGAGGGAGGGCAGAGGUGAGAGUUCAGACCACAGCUGCCUGAACACACCCAUCAAGGCCCUCCAAACCCCGUGUCCCAUCCUGCUCCCCUGCUCCCAGCCUAAUCGGUAGGGCAAGACCCUCACCCUCUCCCCAGGGUCCUCACGUGAGCCUGCCUGCUCACUGGGGAGGAGGCCUUCUUGAUGGAUUGGGGAGCCUCAGACUCAGUCACUAUGACAGGGGAAGGGGCGAGCACUCGCUUGGAGGUAUCUACGCUAGAGAUCUACACCAGCAGAAGAAAGUGUGGAUCUGGGUGCAGCGUGACACACACACACCCCGGAAUCUGUGAAUACUUGAACCCUACCUUCACCCAUAUGCUUCUUGUCUGCCUAGGUCCUCCUCGGGUGGGGUUGGGGUGUGUGUGUUUUUCUCUGUCUUGCACAACAUAGGGAUGAGAAGUUUCAAUUAAGCCAAAUGUAUGGGGGGGGAGGGGGGAAGGCAGAUGUAUCCCCCACCUCGCCCUCUGUGUCUGGAAAUAAACUGUGCAAUGCCCCCAACACCUCA